AUGACAUCAAAGGAAAAUGAUCCAGAGUCUAUCAAGAAAGAUAUUGUCCAUCAUGCUGUGGAGACCUUGUGUCGCGGUCCUAGUAAUUUGGAUAAAUUAGCGAUUUAUCAAGCGACGGCUUUAGCUGUACGUGAUCGUAUCUUGGAGGAAUGGAAUCUCACAGAAGAAAUCAUGCGAGAACAAAAUCCCAAGCGGUGCUAUUACUUGUCUAUGGAAUUUUUAAUUGGCCGUGCACUGGACAAUGCACUUCUCUGUCUCAAGGCAAAGGAUGCUUAUAAAAAGAGUGUGCAGGAUCUAGGAUUCAGUCUUGAGGAGUUGCUUGAUCAAGAAAGAGAUGCUGCUUUAGGUAAUGGCGGCCUUGGUCGCCUUGCCGCAUGCUACAUGGAUGCAGCUGCCACUUUGGAUUAUCCUACUUGGGGGUAUGGAUUACGUUAUCAGUAUGGUAUCUUUAAGCAGCUGAUUAAUAAGGAGGGAUAUCAAACAGAGAUGCCAGAUUACUGGCUUGAUCCAACUGUUAACCCAUGGGAAUUUCCAAGGAACGACGUGUCUUAUGAGGUUCAGUUCUAUGGUUAUGUAGCUACAAAGGUAAAUGAUAAGGGGGAAUCUCGUAUGUCCUGGGAAGGUGGACAAAGAGUCAAGGCAAUGGCGUAUGAUGUUCCUAUUCCUGGCUUUGGCACCAAGGGCUGCGGCAAUAUCCGCCUAUGGUCUUCCAAGUCAUUAAAUGCGUUUGAUUUUGCUUCCUUUAACGAAGGCGAUUACGACAAGUCUGUAGCAGAUCAAAAGAGCGCAGAGAACCUGACAUCUGUUCUUUACCCUAACGACAACCAUUUGGUAGGCAAAGAGCUUCGAUUGAAGCAAGAGUACUUCUUUGUAAGUGCCUCACUGCAAGACAUCAUUCACCGCUUCAAGCGCACGAAUUCAGCAUGGAAGGAUUUCCCUGGCAAAGUCGCUGUUCAGUUGAACGAUACGCAUCCUACCUUAGCUAUUCCUGAACUUCAGCGAAUCCUGGUCGAUAUCGAAGGACUAGACUGGGAUGCUGCCUGGGACAUUGUCACACGUGUGUUUGCCUUUACCAAUCAUACGGUGCUGCCUGAAGCUUUGGAGAGAUGGUCUGUGCCCAUGAUGGAACAUAUACUGCCCCGACAUAUGCAAAUCAUUUAUGACAUCAAUCUCUUCUUUUUGCAAAAGGUUGAAAAGAUGCACUAUGGUGAUCGUGAACUAUUAAACCGCGUAUCUAUCAUUGAGGAAUCAAACCCUCAACAGAUACGUAUGGCCUACCUUGCUGUUGCUGGUUCUCAUAAAGUAAACGGUGUCGCAGCUCUUCACUCAGACCUGGUCAAGUCACAACUGUUCCCUGAUUUCAUUCGUUAUUAUGGGCCUGAAAAGUUCAUUAAUAUCACCAACGGUAUAACCCCUCGUAGAUGGCUCUAUCAGGCUAACCCAGGCUUACGUGACUUGAUUACCGAGACGCUUGGCUCUGAAAAAUGGGUCACCCACUUGGAUGAGCUGAAGGGACUCAAGAAAUUUGCAAAUGAUGAAGAAUUUCAAAAGAAAUGGAUGCAAGUCAAGCAUGAUAACAAGGUUCGUUUGGCCCAAUGGAUUAAAUCCAACUUGGGUAUCAACGUAAAUCCCAAUGCUCUCUUUGAUAUUCAAGUAAAGCGUAUUCAUGAAUAUAAGCGACAAUUCAUGAACAUCUUGGGUGUCAUCUACCGCUACAAGAAUAUCAAAUUACUAUCGGAUGAGGAAAAAGAACAACUGACUCCUCGAGUGGUCAUUUUUGGUGGCAAAUCAGCUCCUGGCUAUUAUAUAGCCAAGAUGGUCAUUAAGCUGAUCAAUACGGUGGCUGAAGUGGUUAACAAUGAUUCAACUAUCAAUGACCUAUUGAAAGUUGUGUAUAUCCCAGACUAUAAUGUUUCCUUGGCCGAAAUCAUCACUCCUGCAUCCGAUAUCUCUCAGCAUAUUUCAACUGCUGGUACAGAGGCCUCUGGUACAUCCAACAUGAAGUUUGUCCUUAACGGCGGUCUUAUCCUUGGUACGGUUGAUGGCGCCAAUAUUGAAAUUCGUGACGAGAUUGGUGAAGACAACAUAUUCAUGUUUGGCACCUUGGCUGAUAAAGUUGCUGAUAUUCGUCAUCAUCAAAAGUAUCAUGGCGUCCUUAUCGAUCCUAACCUCCAGAUCGUUCUCCAAUCCAUUCAGUCUGGCGAAUUUGGUGGACCUGAAACAGCUUCUGUCUUUGGUCCUCUCAUCAAUACCUUAACCUAUGGCGGUGAUUAUUAUUUGAUUUCUGCUGAUUUCGAAAUGUAUCUUGAUGCUCAGGAUCAUGUUGAUGCUGUCUAUAAAGACAAGAAGAGCUGGGCAAAGAAAUCCAUUCUCUGUACUGCUGGUAUGGGCUUUUUCUCAGCUGAUCGUGCUGUAAAAGAAUAUGCUGACAAGAUUUGGAAUCUCAAGCCUGUUUCUAUAUAA